CCUAUCCCGCAGCAGAGGAACUACAAGAUGGCGCAGGCAAUAUUUGAAGUGCUUGAAGGCAUGGACAACCAGACAGUGCUGGCUGUCCAGUCUCUGCUGGACGGCCAAGGUGGAGUUCCCGACCCAAACAACCAGACCGUCUCUGGGACGCCCACCAUCCAGUCUAUGGAUGACGAGGACGUCUUCCUGUGCGGCAAGUGUAAGAAACAGUUCAAUUCUCUGCCGGUGUUUAUGACCCACAAGAGGGAGCAGUGCCAGUCUAGCGCCCCCUCUCUGUCCACGGUGUCCUUGGCCUCCACCAACGCCUACACCCACGUCCCCUCCAUCAGCUCCGGACCACAGACUGCCACCAACAGGCAGGUGUCCACCUACAUCACAGUCCCCCCCUCUCCUCUGACACACACUCUGGUCCAAGGCAAUGUGCUGGUCAGCGACGAUGUCCUCAUGUCGGCCAUCUCAGCCUUCACCUCCAUCGAGCAGCCCAUGGCCGCCAUGCAGACGCCCAUACAGAGUAACCUGAGCAUGCACACAGCUGGUGUAUCUUACCUCCAGCAUCACCACCACCUCCACCAUCACCACCAUCAUCAUCAUCACCAACAGCAGCAGCAACAGCAGCAACAGCAGCAGCAACAGCAGCAGCAGCAGCAGCCCCCCCACUCCCUCCCCUCCGGCCAGACUGCGGCCCACCCCCUGCCGAGUGGACAGCAGCCCCAGCAGCCCCUGUCCUCCCAGGUCCCCGCCAGCCAUAGCAACUCAGUGGUUCAGGUCUACAGCACGCUGCCCCACAUGGCCGGAGGCGGUAGUGCAGAGAUCCACACGCUGGGCCUGCAGCCUUUCCAGCCGGUACAGGUGCCCAGUCAAUGUGUGGAGAGCCAGUCGUUCACCACUCCACCUGUCUACAGCCCUGGCAAGCAGGGCACCAAAACCAAGACCUGCAGCAUCACGGCCAACCUGUCGGAGCUGGGCGACUUUGAGAAGGUCAUCAUCCCCAAACGACUGAGGAACAGCAAGAAAGGCCCUGACGGAGUUCCAGCAGAGCAGCUGAAAGGAAAAGGUCCAAAGCUGAAGUGCAAUUUCUGUGACAAAAUCUUCUCCAAAAACUUUGAUCUUCAGCAGCACAUCAGGAGCCACACAGGAGAGAAACCAUUCCAGUGCAUCGUCUGUGGCCGGGCUUUUGCUCAGAAGUCCAACGUCAAGAAGCACAUGCAGACCCACAAGGUGUGGCCUCUGGGUGUGGCCAGCACGGUGUCGAGGCUACCAAUCACGGUGAAGGUCGUGCCGGUGUUGUCCAAUGAGGAAGAGGGGGGCGGGGAGCAGCAGCAGCCAGGUGAACAGGAAGAGGAGGGGCCACAGCAGCAACGCAGCAGCCAAUCACAAACAGAAGAAGAGGCUGCGCAAAGAGAAGCUCCAAGGGAGUCGGAGGAGAGGACCACCGAAGGCCGAGGCGAUCCGGAGGGCAGCCAGGGGGAAGACAUGCAGAACGGACACAACCAGUCCCAGGUCCAGUCCAGCCAGAAGCAGCAGAGCCAAGCACAGACCAAACAGAUCGUGGUCAUAGACAGUUCCUACCAGUGUCAGUUCUGCGCCAGCAAGUUCAGCACCUACUUUCAGCUCAAGUCCCACCUGACCCAACACAAGGGGGAGCAGGUGUAUAAAUGUGUGUUGAAGUCUUGCUCCCAGACCUUCCAGAAGCUGGACCAGUUCCUGGAGCACAUCAGGACGCACCAGGAGCAGCUGACCUACCGCUGCCACCUCUGCAGCAAAGUGUUCCCCUCGCUGUUUGAACUGGGAGUCCACCAGUACUCCCACUGCUUCUGCCCACAGCAGAACACACGCAAGGAAACCACCGUCUACAGGUGUGUGAAAUGCCAAAGCAAAUAUUCUACCCAGGAGGCCCUGGAGCAACACUUGCUGACCGCGUCACACAACUUCCCCUGCCCACACUGUCAGAAGGUUUUCCCAUGUGAGAGGUAUUUCAGGCGCCACCUCCCCACCCACGGCGUCGGGGGGAGGUUCAAGUGUCAGAUCUGCAAGAAGGCCUUCAAGACGGAGCACUACCUCAAACUGCACACUCGCAUUCACUCAGGUGAAAAGCCGUAUAAAUGUUCCCUCUGUGAGGCGACGUUCAACAGGAAAGACAAAGUGAAGCGACACAUGCUCAUCCAUGAACCCUUCAAGAAGUACAAGUGUCCCUUCAGGACGCAUGUAGGCUGCACUAAAGAAUUCAACAGACCGGACAAACUGAAGGCGCACAUACUGUCCCAUUCUGGGAUCAAACCCUACAAGUGUCUGUUUUGCCAGAAGGCGUUCAGCCGCAGGGCCCACAUGCUGGAGCACCAGCAGUCCCACACGGACAACUACCGCUUCAGAUGCUCCGCCUGCAACAAGGGCUUCACCAGGCAGAGCUACUACCGAGACCACAAGUGCCCCGCGGCUGGGACCGCAGCCGGGAGUGGGACGGGCGCCGCGGGGGCCGAGACAGAGGGAGAGGAGAUGGGAGGAGCGGCGAUGGCGGAGGAGAAGGACGGAGAAGGCGAGAGGAGGCGGAGCAGGUUGGCGAGGAAGGCGCACAGGCUCAGGAGCGCGGGACACGGCGGCGGGGAAGACGACGGUUCAAAAGGCAGCGACGAUCAAGAGGUGGAGGCGGACAGGGACGAGGAAGAGGAAGAGGAGGAGGAGGAGGAGGAGGAGGAGGAAGAUGGAGAGGGCAGGAGGACCGGUGAAGACCCUCAGGCUUCCAUGUCCAUCCCCGCCAUGGAGGGGCAGCCUGAGGGCAGAGGGGAAGAGGGGGAUGAAGGGGUGGAGGGCGCCGCCGAGACACUGCAGCAGAUGCAGAGUGACAGUCAAAACUGCUUGCGGCAGCCAUGUUUGUAGUCCAGGCAGUUUUUGCGUCAUCGCCUUUGUGAGCAGAUUCCUGGACGUGCACCAACUAACAGACUGAGUCACACACUGCCAAGUCAGCACCUGGGAAUGAGUUAUUUUGAUUUGUUUUAAAUUAAAACGCUAUUUAAACUGUACACGUAUUUUUUUACGGUCUCUGUAAAUGAAUUGCUUUUGGGGACAUUUUUCAUCAAUGUUCUCUAUUGCCAGAAAAAAAAAAAACAGCGGGCCUGAUGUAUAAGGUACUUGUUCUUUUCUAUGGUUUUCUGUUAAAUGAAUGGAAGCUAAAAGUUUAAGUAUGUUUUUCUUCUCUGAGGCGCACUCCCAUCUUGUUUUAAAGGGAUAGUUUACCCAUUUUGAAAAAUGUGAUAUUAUUUCAGUUCCUGUCAGCCUCCUGCUGUUGAGUUGGACUUCCUGCACUGACUAACAUUCUUAAAAAUAACCGCCUUAAUCCACGCACAGGAGGUUCAGCAUCACUUUGCACAUACUGCUUUCUGACACUAAAAUGCCAGUAUGAUUACUGAGUGCACACAGUUGAUAGUUUUAAUCAAAUAACUGUUAAAAAAAUGUAUUUUUCCUGUUAACUUUAAUAAUCUGAGCGGAUUGAGGCUGCUAUUUUUGUGAAUUUUAGCCAGGAGGACGUCCACCCCAAUGGAAGGAAGCAGCCAGCAUCCAGAGUCCUGCUGGAUCUCUGCAUAAGCACAUCAUAUGAACUGUGCUGCUGGGAAUAAUCACAAUAUUUAAUGCUGUUACAGAUUUCGUUGCACCCUCUGCUGCAGAGUGGCACAUGGGAACCGGUUCAUCCACAGAAAUAUAUUCACACCGAGAGCAAAACCCUCCUCUGAUCCUCUUAUUUUGUUAUACAUGGCUAACCUGUGAUGUUCAGUUUCCACGAGUUAUUCUGUGAUGAGCUGUUAUAAUCAGCUUGACUUUGAUCGGAGCACGUCUGAAGCCGUUUCAGGUGGUGUCUCCGCCUCUUCUUCAGUGGAUUUGUCUCAGCAGAACAUGGCAGGCCUACAAAGAAGCCCUUGCUCUUUGAUUCCGAGGAAGUCACUGUUCGCGUUUUAGAUCACCGCAGCGUUUUCUGCUGUCAAAGUCCACUUUAGCUGCCGGAAAUAUCUGGAGAUGACAUCACAUAGUAGACCUUUGGCCCGAAACAAGAAACACACACCACCAAAUCAAACAGGGGGAUACAUGGCUCUCCUACUAUAGUGUUACAGUAUUAGGGUGGCUUUUUUCCUUUAAAAAACGAAUAAAAAAAAAAGUGUUGUGGCCAAAAUAAGCUCCGAAAUAUGAACACAAUGCACAGUACCCCUUUGACACCUGCAUCACAAGAAGUCGCCAGUCCAUGUCCAGACACAACCGGAUGAUAGAAAUCACAUUGAAAUGACCUCUGUAUGUGACUCUGAGCCAAUGGGAAAAUUGUGCUGCUGCUAAAAUGUACACAUUUUUUUUAAGUACACUUGUGCAAUUUCACUGGGACUACAAAGGAGAGCAACGUCAGCCAGCUGUGUUUCAGUUACGCUCCGUGGUUUGUUAAAUAAAUGGACUGUCUCCGUCUCUUAUUCUUGACAUGAA